AUGGAUGAAGCCAUGAGGGAUCGCACAGUCCUUGGAUUGAGAGACGCUACCCUACAGAGCAAACUGCUAAACCGACCCAACAUUACCGCAAAUGAGGCCAUCGCUGAAGCAACUGCACCCGAAGCAGCAAAGAAGUCGGCGGCAAAAAUGAAGCAGAUGAAUACAACCAACAGCCCGAGCCAAAAUAGAGAAAAGAAAACAGAGGGGGCCCAGAAGCACACUACCACAACCUCUCACCAUGAAGAUAUCGAAUCCUCAACUGAUUCCGAAGAAGAAGACCAAGAGGCACAUCAACAGUUACCAGCUGAUUCCGAGACGGCAGUCCAGAAUUUUUAUCACGGGAACUCUACUCCAGCCCCCAGUGACAAAGGCGACGGGGGUGCUGCGGCCGAAAAGGAGGAUGUGGAGACCAAGGAGGAGAAGUUGGAGAAGGAAGCCAAAGGCGUCGAGAAAAUGGAGACCGAGCCUCCCGCGCUGCCGGAGCAGCCCCUUUCCGCCCCCUUCUCAGGGAAGAUGAUGGAGUUGGAGCCUUGGAAGAAACCCGAGGACGAGGCCUCGGCGGGGGCCAGGGAGAAGGAGUUGGAAGCUGAACCGGCGGUCAAGGAAGAAAAGGAGAAAACGGACGUUGAUUUAGAGAAGCUGGUAGCGGAAGAAAAAUCAGCGGAGAGUGAUGACAGCAAGGAAAAGAUGGAAGGAGAAAUUCAGGACCCCAAGAAAGGAGAUGUGAAAUCAGAGCGAGAGACGGCCAAGGAAUCUAAAAUUGGCAGUCUCCGAGACGAGAACCGGAACAACGGAAAGAGGGAAGACAGGAUGGAGAAACCCCGGUUUAUGUUCAACAUUGCGGACGGUGGCUUCACAGGUACGAUAUCGGCUGGGUACCGGAGACCUGAUCAUGGUUUUCUAUUUUUCAUUGCUUAUUCCAUCGUUCCAUCACUUGGCUCCUUCUUACCUCGAGGCUUCCUUUUCGUUCUUUUUGGUUCUUCUCAUUUCUCUGUUUUUAUUGUUGUAAGAAGCUAG